AUGGUUAAUCAGACAUUAAAAAAGUUUACAUUUGCGAGGUCUCAACUGAGCACUGAUUACUAUGCAAACACUUGCUCUUCUCUUCGGAAAAUAGUUCGUGGUGAGGUCAUGAAUGCCAUCAAGAAUGAAAUGAGGAUGGCUGCAUCUUUACUUAGGCUUCAUUUCCAUGAUUGUUUUGUCAAUGGUUGUGAUGCUUCAUUGCUGCUUGAUGGAACUGACAGCGAGAAGUUAGCUCGGCCUAACUUGAAUUCUGUAAGAGGAUUCGAAGUGAUCGACAGCAUAAAGACUGCUGUGGAAAAUGCAUGCCCUGGAGUUGUAUCAUGUGCUGAUAUACUAGCCAUAGCUGCUAGAGAUUCUGUUGUCUUGAGUGGAGGGCCUUAUUGGAAAGUUUUACUAGGGAGGAGGGAUGGAUUAGUCGCAAAUCAAACAGCAGCUAAUGCAUCAGUUCUACCUUCUCCCUUUGAUACAGUGGAUACAAUAGUUGCUAAAUUCGGCGCUGUCAGCCUAAAUGUGACAGAUGUUGUGGCUUUAUCAGGUAUUCCAAUAUAG